AUGGGUGCCGGUGCAAGCACACAGUCGCCUCCCCCGGCAGACACAUGCCCAGUCGAUCACAAGACCCGUGAGGUUUGGCUCCAGCAACACCGUGCUUCUGGAGGUGCUCCUCAUCCACCACCUCCAUCCGCCGAUUCCGAGCCUCGAGCCAAGGGACAGCGACCUCUUUCUGUAGAUCGCGAAGUGAGCAGCAUACCUCGCGCAUUCGAAAACGGAGCGGAUCCAUCACAAACUGCAUCAGAAUGCCCAUCACCAUACGCCGCAUCACACGAUACCCCAUCCAAUGCAGAAGAUGAAACAGGCCAUGACAAGACCUCCGGAAACUGGAUAUACCCUUCGGAGCGUCAAUUCUUUGAAGCCCUUGUGAAGAAAGGCAACACGCCAACUUCUACCAAUUCGCCAACUGAAUUAGCAACAACAGUGGCGUCCAUUAUCCCCAUUCAUAACGCCGUUAAUGAGCGUGCCUGGCAGCAGAUUCUAGACUGGGAAAACAAGGCUCCUUCUUCGGACCCUGGGAGCCGGAAAUGCGGUGGUCCGAAGCUUUAUUCAUUCCGCGGAUUGGGUGUUGACCCGCAAUUUCUGAGUCCUCGCGCGCGGAUCAAUAGCUGGAUGGGCUACCAGCUGCCAUUUGACCGACACGACUGGGUUGUUGAGCGAUGUGGUGGGGAACGAGUCGAAUAUGUGAUUGACUUCUACCAAGGGAAGUCAGGCGGAACAAGUGCUGCCCCUGGGUUGACAUCCAAUGCUGGUCCCGGAAAACUAAGCUUUUAUCUGGACGUACGGCCCAAGCUGAACAGCAUCGAGGGUUGGCGGAUGCGAUUCAACCGGUACAUUGGCUAA